UGAUGAUAUUUGUUUCCAGUCUCAAAGCUAUCUGAAGUCACCAGCUCAAAGCUUUCGAAACAUCGUCCCUUUCUGAUACAUAGCGGAAACAGUUGGAUUUCGAAAACUUUGAGCUGGUGACUUUAGAUAGCUUUGAGACUGGAAACAAAUAUCAUCACUCGACUCAGCGUGGUCAAUUACCCCUCUCUAUACCUAUUUUCGGCUGAUCCAGGUAUAACUGGCCGCAAUCGGGAUCUCUGGAAAACCCGUAUAACUCCUGAACGGAACAAGUUAGAAACACCGGCUUUACGUAGUUCGGAAGAGAACAAUUUUCUCUAUCGAAUACAUGUGUUAAAAAUGAAAAUCCAAUAAUGGAUCCUUGAAAAUCAUUGUGGUUUUCUAAAGAUUCAACUGAAAUCCCUCCAGAAACCCAGUCGAAAAUUUUUCUUCUUCUAUAGUUCGAUGUCCUCCGGACUUGGCUACGACGAAAACCGUUUCGGAAUAUGUCUUUGCAUUAGUGAGUUAUUCAAAGAGGCGCAUAGUAUCUUAUAUUUUGAAUCCUAUAGUAAUAUCUCGUGUGUUUUGUUGAUAUCUAUUUUUGAGAGAUAUCAGGCAUCCCUCUUAUUUUUUAUUUAUAAUUAAUUGAUAUUUUAUUAUUAUUAUAGGAGCAAACUGGUGGUACAGUACAAUCAGUUUUAAAUCGAAUGAAUACAAAUGAAAAUCCUCCUACUCAUAAUAAAACGAAUAAAUUUACUCAAGGUUUUCAGAAUAUAAUUGAUGCCUAUGGUGUGGCUACUUAUCGAGAAAUUAAUCCAACACCGUAUACGAUAAUAACAUUUCCAUUUUUAUUUGCCGUGAUGUUUGGCGAUGCUGGACAUGGUUUAAUUAUGCUUCUAUUUGCUUUAUGGAUGGUCCUCAAAGAGAAAACAUUAAAAGAUAAAUGGAAAAAUGUUGAAAUUUGGACAAUAUUUUUUGGUGGACGAUAUAUUAUAUUGUUAAUGGCAUUAUUUUCAAUAUAUACGGGCAUGUUAUACAAUGAUGUAUUUUCAAAAUCAUUGAAUAUUUUUGGUUCAUCGUGGAGAGUUGGAUUUUCUGAUAAAUAUAUGAAUGAUUCAGAGACAGUGACACUUGAACCGACACCAUACAACUAUUCAAAUAAGGAUUAUGUUCAAAUGUAUUCGGGUAUACCAUAUCCAUUUGGAUUAGAUCCGAUUUGGCAAUUAAGCGAAAAUAAAAUUGUAUUUACAAAUUCAAUGAAAAUGAAAUUUGCUAUUAUUAUUGGUAUUUUACAAAUGGCAUUUGGUGUUACAUUGAGUCUAUGGAAUCAUUUACAUUUCAAUCAUCAAUAUGCAAUAUUUGCCGAAUUUUUACCGCAAAUCAUCUUUUUAGCAUGCAUAUUUUUUUAUUUGAUUCUUUUGAUAUUUUAUAAAUGGUUACAUUUUGAUGGAUCAAGUGCUUAUAGAGCACCAAGUUUACUGAUACCCCAUGGCCUACCAUGGGCACUACCUAUUGUAAUUGGCACCCAUGGGUAG